AUGAUCGCCAAGCUCGUCGUACACGGACCGCAUCGCGAGAGUGCAUUGCGUCUACUGUCGCGGGCACUCGAAGAGUACAGGGUCGUCGGUGUUCACACGAACGUCGAGUUGAGGCGUUUGCUCGCUUCACACCCGAAGUUCAUCGAAGGUGAUGUGGACACAGGUUUCAUACCAGUACAGGCACAGAGCAAAGCCCCUCCCACCGCCAUCACCGCCAAACCCCGAAGACGUAGCGUAGGCAGCGUUAUUCGCAGCCCUCCGCGACCCGGUGUUUCGGCGGUCAGUGACUAA